GCUCUGUCUUACCGAGGAGAGUCCGGUAUGGCUGUUGUGGGCUUUGAUGUGGGCUUUCAGAAUUGCUAUAUUGCGGUGGUCAAGAGCGGAGGCAUCGAAACCAUAUCAAACGAAUUCACUGACAGAUGCACCCCAGCUGUUGUAUCAUUUGGUUCAAAGAACAGGACAAUAGGAAAUGCUGCAAGAAACCAGAUGAUAACCAAUCCUGGAAGCACCAUCUUUCAUUUUAAGAGACUCCAUGGCAGGUUGUUUCAAGAUCAAGUUGUGCAAACUGAGAAGGGGUGUUUACCUUAUGACCUGGUACCACUAAAUGAUGGGAAAGUUGGAGUUAAGGUCGCGUACCUCGAUGAGGAGCACCACUUCAGCAUUGAGCAGAUCACGGCUAUGUUGUUAACCAAAAUGAAGGAGAUUACAGAAGCUAACCUACAGAAGAAAGUGGUGGAGUGUGUCAUCUCUAUCCCCUCAUUCUUCACUGAUUCAGAAAGAAGGUCCGUACUGGAUGCUGCCAAGAUUGCCGGUUUGAACUGCCUGAAGCUUAUAAACGAUAACACCGCAGUGGCUUUAAACUAUGGCAUAUACAAAGAGGAUCUACCAGGCACUGACGAAAAGCCGAGGAUUGUUGCGUUUGUAGACAUGGGCCACUCAGCUUUGCAGGUUUCGGUUUGUGCAUUCAGCAAAGGAACGGUGAAGGUACUGUCGACUGCCUUUGAUCCCUAUUUGGGGGGGAAGGACUUUGAUCAGAGGCUGGUGGAGUACUUCUGUGCCGAGUUUAAAUCCAAGUACAAGCUGGAUGUGAAGUCCAGGGUUCGAGCUCUGUUGCGGCUGACGCAGGAGUGCGAGAAGCUCAAGAAAUUGAUGAGCAGCAACGCCACAGACAUUCCUCUAAACAUUGAGUGUUUUAUGGAUGACAAAGAUGUCUCUGGAAAAAUGAACAGGGCUAAAUUCGAAGAGCUGUGUGGUGAUCUGAUCGAGAGAGUUAGGGUUCCUUUGGUGGCAGCUCUAGAGCAGGCACAUGUGCAGCUUCAGGACAUUAGUGCUGUGGAGAUUGUAGGUGGAGCGACACGCAUACCAGCGGUGAAGGCCCAGAUCUGUAAGUUCUUCAAGAGGGAUGUGAGCACCACUUUAAAUGCAGAUGAGGCAGUGGCCAAAGGUUGCGCAUUACAGUGUGCCAUGAUGUCCCCUGCAUUCAGAGUACGAGACUUUACGAUCACAGAUGCUGUCCCAUUCCCAAUCUCUCUUUCCUGGACCAGUGAAGCAGAUGAAGGCAAAUCCUGUCAUGAAAUAUUUGGCAGGAACCAACCUUGUCCUUCAGCCAAAAUCAUCACGUUUUACAGGAACAAGCCUUUUGUUUUGGAAGCUUUUUAUUCAGAUCCAGAUUCACUGCCGUUUCCCGAGGCGAAAAUCGGGGAAUAUAAAGUGCAGAACAUUCAACCUCAGGAGAAUGGAGAAAAGGCAAAGGUGAAGGUCAAAGUUCAAGUUGAUUGCAGUGGUAUAGUCAGUGUAACCUCAGCCAUGGCGGUCCUGCGGGUCAGCGCUGAUGAUGAAACUACCAAAGUAAAUGGGGAGAUGGACAAUGAUGAUGGGAUUGACGUGGAUGCACAGGACAAGACACAGGAGACAAGCUCUGAUCAGCUCUCGAUAGACAAAGAAAACCUGCAAACAGCACAGUGUCCCCUCAUGAAACCAGACCUGAAUCAAUCAGAUGCAUUGAGCAUGAACGGAGAGGUAAACAAUCAACCCCCUGAUGCUAAAAAAGCAAGGAUGAAGGUCAAACAUGUUGGGCUCCCCAUUGAGAAGAUGACUACUCAGCAGUUACCAAAGGAGAGGCUAAGCACGUAUAUUGUUCAGGAGAGAAAGAUGAUACAGCAGGAUUGCCAGGAGAAAGAGCGAAACAAUGCCAAAAAUGCAGUUGAAGAAAAUGUUUAUUACUACAGACACAAGCUGGAGGGCCCCUUUCAGACGUUUCUAAAUGCUGAAGACCGUCGGACGUUCUUUGAACUUUUAAAUGGAACAGAGGACUGGCUGUAUGAAGAAGGAGCAGACCAAGAUAAGCAGACCUACCUUAACAAACUGGAGGAGAUCCAAAAACUGGGUUUGCCUGUCCAAGACAGAUACCAGGAGUCCAUAAAGAGACCCCAAAUGUUUGAAGAGCUGUCAGCCAAAAUACAGAACUACAUGACUAUUAUGGAGGAGUUUAAGAAUGGAAAUGACAAUUACAGUCAUAUUGACGCCAUGGAUAUGGACAAAGUCAAAGUGUGUGUUGAAGAUACACAGUUAUGGAUGACAAACAUGCAGAAUUCUCAGGAUAAACUUGCACCCGAUCAGGAACCCUCAAUACACAGCACUCAGAUCCAGAUGAAAUUACAGGCACUUAACAACAUUUGUGAGGAGAUUGUAUCCAAACCCAAGCCCAGAGUCGACUAUCCUAUGGAUGAUGACAUUCAACCAGAGCCUCAACACAAUAAGAAAAGUCCAGAAGAUGUCACAAUGGAAUACACAGAUUUUGUGCAAAAUGACGCAGAACACAAGCAUAUUGAGUAGUGCCCUGUUUCUACACAUUGUCAUUGCCUGUGGAUUGUUCAGUAAGUGUCAUGUAAACAUAGUUAAAUAAAGAUUUUUGUUUCUUAUAUUUAAUGUUAAGAGGUGCACUUUACUGUUUAUCUUAUGUUAAGAGUAAUAUCAGAUUUUUCUGUAGUUUUGUGUUAUCUUAAUGUGGCAUUCACCUUGAUAUCUUUUAAGUUUGUAUUUGCUUCAUAGUUUCUAUCUGACCUUAAAGCGGCUGAAACCCUGCUGUGUUUGAGUUCUUUAUUCACAUCAUUUAUUGACAGAUCUAUUGCUGAAAUGAGUUGAUCAAAACUAGCUUCUGUUGCUGACUCUGCUUAAGUAGAUAUAGCGUUAAAGGGACACUUCAACCAAAAAUGAAAAUUCUGUCAUCAUUGUAUUGUUCUUAACCUGUAUGAGUUUCUUUAUUCUGUUGAGUACAAAAUAAAAUAUUUCGACAAAUGAUGAUAAGCACACAAUUGACGGUACCCAUUACCGCCCACUGUGUGGUUACCAUUAUUUAUCAAAAUAUCUUCUUUUGUGUUCAACAGCAUAAAUAAAAUCAUCAUUUAAAACAACAUGUGAUGACAGAAUUUUUAUUUUUGGGUGAACUGUCCCUUCCAGUGUCCAUACAGAUACUGUGGAAAAGUAAAAACUUGCAAUUUCACAAAUGAAUGUACUGAAAAAGCUGCUGCCAUACGCUUUACUGUUCUCUUUGUGCAGCCAAUAUGUAAAAUGUAUGAUUUAUUUAUAGCAUAUACUGACAGUGACAUCCGUACAGCUAGAGAUUCACUAGCAUUCAUUGUGAAAUUUGUUGAUAAAGUGCAUUGAGUAUUGUACAGUACCUGAUGUCUGUUCUUUUGCGUUCUCCUUUUGCCACAAAUCACAAUAAAAUAACACUUUUUGAAA